AAACGUUUCCAUAGAGUUUAGUAUCAUGUUACUAAAAGAAGAAACUCAUGUGACUCGGGGGAAAAUAUUAUUGACUUUUAGUUGAAUCUGAAGUCCAGCUUAUAAUGCUAUGAUAUUGUAAAGAUAUAUGGAAUUAAUUCAAAAUCAUGGCAAGUUGUAGAAAACAUUUUAAGUCUGCAUCAAGCACACUGAAAAUCGCGACUGUGCUGUUAAUAUUAACAUUUGUUCUUCAUGUUGUGGCUUUCUCGACACCUAAUUGGUCAACUGUGCGACUGUCGGUCGAAAACGCAAGUUAUUUCUGGCUCGAAGGAUCGGACCACGCGGGUCUUUGGCAGGUCUGUUCUUGUUUCGAGCAUGGCUUCUGCACCUGUUUCGGAAGACAUGGCGAUCCAGUGUUGUUUAAAGUUGUUCAAACAUUGGAAACGUUCGCUCUGGUCGGCUAUAUUAUUUCUGGAAUAUUGUCUUUGGUGCAGCUCUUCUCGGAGCAGGACAGAAAAGUGAAGAAGAUUAAUGUUUUCAUCAUUGUCGGUGCAGGUCUAUGUGCUGCUCUGGGAGUGAUUGUGUUCGGUAUCAGAUCAAGAAAUGAGUUUAAGGAUAUGGUUGAAUUUUUGGAUCAGCUCGGAUUGGACUAUGAUGGUCAUUUGGAUUAUUCUUUUUAUUUCUGUUGCAUUUCCGUUUUCUUUUGUCUUAUUAUGUGUACUCCUUUGUACAUGAAAGACGAGAAGAUUCCAGUCCCUACGGUCACACAAGAACUUCCGGUCGUUUACAACAACCAAGGUCAAAUGGUUAUUCCUUCUCAUAUUCAGGAGCAUGUAUAUGCCUCCGACAUGGACCAACCGUCUUUAGAAAACAUACCGACCAUUGCGCAUGCGCCGUACGGGGCUCCGCCUGCAUAUACAGCGGCUAACCAACAGGUGCCACCGCCUCAGUUUGAUGACGGAAUACCAUACAAAGCAUAAUUAUCUUGCCUUACUUCACUUAAUAAGAUAUCAAAGAACUGGUAUAUAUUCUCCGUUGAUAUUACACAAAUUGAAUAUAUGGAUAAAUCCCGGGUAAAACGAAACAAAAUAAAUAAAAACAUUUUCCCUAAUAACUAAUUUUCAUGUAUUAUUAUUUAUUUAUUUUAGGACAUAGUACACAAUACAAUACAUACAAGACAAACGAUUAAGUUAAGUAUCACAGACAAAAGUUGCAAUUAAUAAGAAUCUCCAUUAAAACAAGAUAUUAUAAAAAUUAAAACAUGUCAGACAGUUUGCAUAUAAAACUUAAUAUCAAAGCGUACUUUUACUUAUGAUAAAAGGGAGUUAAGAAAAAUUGUACUAUGAUCCUAUGGAUAACCCAUUAAGCCAAAAGCUUAUUUCUAAUGGGGUCCAUGGGUAAAAAUUGAAAUGUCCAAAUAUAUAAAAAGGAUACAACUUAAAUACAAAAAUUGAGGUCCUUUGUCAAGAUUUUGGUUUAAAACGGGAGUAAAAGUAAGUAAAAGUAUGAACUUUAAGAUUUCCUUAUUCUGCCUACUGGACAGCUUUUGUUCGUGUCGUAUUCUUUAUAUUGUAAUUCUAUGCUAGAGCAAUUUGCUUAUUCAUCUGAAGUAAAUUAUUCUUAUGUUAUAUAUGUAAGUAAUUAUUUUAAUUAUAUCUUAAAGUCUUAUAAAAUUCAAAUCCGGUUAAUCCAGUUUUGGUCAAGCAACUGACCUUUUCAAAUCUUCACAGCUUAUUACUUACUCUAAUUCAGGUUGUGGACUUUGAGUUAGAUAUUCACUGAAGGUAUAUCAAAAUUUCAAAAAUUUCCAAAACCACAAUGGGUCCAAAAAUGUCUUUCAAAAUCAGCAACCAAAAUUUCAAAAAUAACUUUCAGUUGUAGCAAAAUUGGUCAUACUAUAGACCUUUACACCCAAAAGAUAAACCAAUCAAAAUGACACGCCCACGUUGAAUUGCAAAUCAUCCUCCGAGCAAGCAGGUAGCUGCCUUUACGCAGAUAAGGAUCUGCUUAGUAAAAAUCUAGCCAUCAAAAAUCAAAUAAAGGCAGUCAUUGCCUACUUCAUAUUGAAAUUCGCAGCAACUUUAUCUAUUUUGCCGGCUAAUAAAACACUCUUUUCAGUUGUUACGUGUUUAGACCAUAUGUCAUAAUAACUUUAAUUUAAUGGAAAUGUCCUGGCAUACAGGUAGUUAGCCUAAAGACUGUAGUUUAACCCUUAGCCUGCUGUCGGCAAGUGAUUCUGCCUUUGCGACCAGUGCGGACCAAGAUCAGCCUACACAUCCGUGCAGUCUGAUCAUGGUCUGCACUGUUCGCCAUUCAGUCAGUAUGUUUUGGUAAGCACCCUUUUUAACAGUUAAUGGUACUGUCUAAACUGAAAGAUGGACCAGUCCAUUUCAGACAUUUAGCAGGCUAAGGGUUAAUGAGUGUUCCGAUUGUAUCUUUGAAUCACUCGCCACCAUCGAUCCUGGCAUACAGUUAAACUCGUAAUUAAAUGGUUGGCACAAAUACUUGCCAUGAUAGAGCGCAGGUCUGAUUUCAGUUGAUUUAUCAUUGUGUUUAUUUCAGCUAAUCUUGUUUAUGGUAGAAAACAAAAAAUAUUCUUAUAAGUAUUAAUCAUUUUGUUUAGAUGUUUAUGUCAUUGUUUAUGUUUUAGCCAUUAAGUUUUGGCCUAAAUGACUUUGUUUACUAUUAUUGCAAAGUUCUCAACAGAACCUUAACUAUUCUGUUAUUGUUGUCGCUGGAAUUUUCAUUAAUAAUUAUUCAGAAAUGUUAACCAGUCAUUUAUUUACGAACAUACCCAGUUGUGAUUGAUUUUACAUCUGUUGUUUAUGGUUAUAGAAUACAUAAUGGACAGUCUGAUUGACAUGCUUUUAAAAUGGUUAUAAUUAUACAUGUAAUUAUUUCUUGAAGAAAAGGUAUAAAUACUCUAAUAUACUUAGAAGGGAAGACUGAAUCAAAGAGAUCAAAUUGGAGCACUGGGAAAUGUUUUUCAGAAAGGGAAACGGGUAAUUGAAAAAAAGCAGAUCGGGUUAAAGAGGAAUGUGGAAGAUUAAGAAGGAGCUGGAGUGGUUAGGUUGAUGUAAUAUAGAACAGCUCGGCUUUAGAAGUGUAAAUUGUUUAAAAGUUUGUUGUGGGACAAAAUUAUUAAAGAAGCUGAUGCAUUUAUACCUGAAUCGAUUCUUAGUAAAGUUCAUCUUGUAAAUAAACCUGUGUGUGUU